GCCCUCGCUGCAGCCGGGAGGAGGCGGUGGCCGGGGCGCCCCAGGCCCCGCCCGCACUCGGCCCUUCCCGGGAGGCCGGGAGACCUGCUCGACCCGGCCCUCGGUGGGUGAGUGCAGCGGCGGGCGACGGGUGGGGCCUCCGCUGGCGGAGGCGCCGGGAGCGGGGGCUACUCCUGUCAUCGCUCCAGGCCCAGCGGGAGGACGCGCCGGCAUCCCCGCCGUGGCGCUCGGCCCGGGGCGUGCCCGCGGCUGCUCCCACCUCUGGGCCCGGGCUGGGGCCGCGGGGAUAGCCAGCGUUGCGGGCCAGCGGGCAGAGCCCCGGAUCCGGGCCCUGUCUCCCCGAGGGCAGCGGCGUGGGGCCCAGCGGGCUGGCGGGUCCUCCGCGGCUCCGGCCAUGCCCGGCUGGCCCUGGCGGCUGCUGCUGACGGCGGGCACGCUCUCGGCCGCGCUGAGCCUGGGGCCGCCGGCGCCCGCCGACCCCUGCCAUGAUGACGGGGGCGCGCCCCGCGGCUGCGUGCCGGGUCUGGUGAACGCCGCCUUGGGCCGGGAGGUCCUGGCGUCCAGCACGUGCGGGUGGCCGGCCACGCGGGCCUGUGAUGCCUCCGACCCGAGGCGAGCACACCCCGCUGCCCUCCUGACCUCCGCGGGGAGCACCACAAACCCUGUGUGCUGGCGAUCGGGGGCACUGAUGCAGGUGCCCCACAACGUGACCCUCACAGUGCCCCUGGGCAAGGCUUUCGAGCUGGUGUUUGUGAGCUUGCGCUUCUGCUCCGCACCCCCUGCCUCGGUGGCACUGCUCAAGUCACAGGACCAUGGGCGCAGCUGGGCCCCGCUGGGCUUCUUCUCCUCCCACUGCGGCCUGGACUAUGGCCGCCCGCCCGCCCCAGCGGAUGGCCCAGCUGGCCCAGGGCCUGAAGCUCUGUGCUUCCCUGAGCCCCAGGUCCAGCCCGAUGGUGGUGGCCUUCUGGCCUUCAGCGUGCAGGACGGAAGCCCGCCAGGCCUGGAUCUGGACAGCAGCCCAGUGCUCCAAGACUGGGUGACGGCCACGGACAUUCGAGUAGUACUUACGAGGCCUGCCGUGCUGGGAGACAGCAAGGACUCCAUGGCCACAGGCCCUUACUCUUACUCAGCUACUGAGCUCCAGGUGGGCGGGCGCUGCAAGUGCAAUGGGCAUGCCUCAAGGUGCCUGCUGGACACCCAGGGCCACCUCAUCUGCGACUGCCAGCAUGGCACGGAGGGUCCCGACUGCGGCCGCUGCAAGCCCUUCUACUGCGACAGGCCAUGGCAGCGGGCCACGGCCCGGGAAGCCCACGCCUGCCUUGCUUGCUCCUGCAAUGACCAUGCCCGCCGCUGCCGCUUCAACAUGGAGCUGUACCGACUGUCCGGCCGUCGCAGUGGCGGCGUCUGUCUCAACUGCCGGCACAAUACCGCUGGCCGCCACUGCCACUACUGCCGGGAGGGCUUCUAUCGAGACCCAGGCCGUGCCCUGAGUGACCGCCGUGCUUGCAGGGCCUGUGACUGUCACCCUGUUGGUGCUGCUGGCAAAACCUGCAACCAGACCACAGGCCAGUGUCCCUGCAAGGAUGGCGUCACUGGUCUUACCUGCAAUCGCUGUGCCCCUGGCUUCCAGCAGAGCCGUUCUCCGGUGGCCCCCUGCGUUAAGACUCCUGUCCCUGGACCCACUGAGGAGAGCAGCCCCGUGGAGCCCCAGGACUGCGACUCCCACUGCAAACCAGCCCGCGGCAGUUACCGCAUCAGCUUGAAGAAGUUCUGCAGGAAGGACUACGCGGUGCAGGUGGCGGUGGGCGCGCGCGGCGAGGCGCGCGGCUCGUGGACGCGCUUCCCGGUGGCCGUGCUUGCAGUGUUCCGGAGCGGCGAGGAGCGCGCGAGGCGAGGGAGCAGCGCGCUGUGGGUGCCGGCGCGGGACGCGGCCUGCGGCUGCCCGCGCCUACUCCCGGGGCGCCGCUACCUGCUGCUGGGGGGCGGGCCGGGGACCGCGGUCGGGGGCCGGGGGCCCGGGCUCAGCGCCGCGCGCGGGAGUCUGGUGCUGCCCUGGCGCGACGCGUGGACGCGGCGCCUGCGGAGGCUGCAGCGGCGUGAGCGGCGGGGGCGCUGCGGGACGGCCUGAGCCCGAAGCGCGGGCGGGGCGCUGCUUCCACGCUGAGGCGCAGGUUCACCCAGUGCGUCCACCUGCGAAGGAGGCUCUGCUGGCGUCGCGCGCGUCGCCUCCGGGGCCCUCCCCGACCCUGCCCAGCGACUGCCCCGCUGCCUCGCGCCCGUACCUGAGAGGGGCGUGAUGCACGCGGGACACCCCGCCCUGACACAGAGGGAUGCGAUGGCCCCGAAGAGCUGCCCGGGGCUCCUGGGACUCACUGUCAUCCCGUUUUCGCAUGAUCUUCCCCCUCCGAGGGGCACUGCGAUGGUCCCCGUGGGGCCGAACACCACUUGGAGGCUCUGCUGCACCCGAAGGGCCACGCCUGUGAGGUCGUGACCCCUCAGAGAGCGUUCGCACCUUCCUAAAA